CAGCGCAAUGGAGCGGAUGGAGAUCACGGACCUCGUCAGCGGCAAACCGAUGGAGAUGAUACGCCUCGGCAGCGGCAAGGUCGAGGACUAUCCGUUCGUGAGGCGGCUCCGCAACCGGCGGCUCCUCACCUACCUCUGGCUCCAGGGCUUCGACGCCGCCUACGACAGCGUCGUGCAUGAGACGGAUGUGCGGCAGAUGAGCAGGCUGCAUCUACGGCAGCUGGUGGUCUGGGGCCAGUUGAGAGAGGCCGUCAAGUACAUGACGCGCUUCCUGCCGCCGGCCCUCGACCGGGGCGUCGAGACCCGUUCCCUCCUCGUCUUCCUCCACGCGCUCUGGUCGCUGGCCAACGUCGCCGCGUGCUCGGCGGGCGGCCUCGUGAACGGCACCGUGCACCGCCACCUCGAACUCCUGACGAGCAUGUCCAGUCACAACGCCAAGCUCAACUCCAUCCUCCAAUACACACUCCACUCGCCGCAAUUCAGGGCGUCCCUGGACUGGAUACUGGUGAGGGAGAAGGCAUCGUGGGUUGCCGAUGACUUGGCUCUCCAGACUCCUGAGUUGAGACGCAAGUUGCAAUUGCCCAGCGGCCCAGGUCGCCCGCAGGACUUGCUUCCCAUCGGCCCACUUCGUCCAAGGCGCCACCGGAGGGGACAAUUCCGGCGGCCAAAGCCAGAGGCAAUUGCCAAGGGCUAUCUCAACUGGAAGAGGAGCGUGCACUCUGCAAACCCACUUUAUGGAUUGCCCGAGGAUGCACUCGGCCGGGUAGCAGAUCUUAUUGAGUGUUUAAAAGCUGGUAAACUUCCGGUGCUCCAUCAAGGGAACCCACUUCAAUCAGAUGCAAAGGAAGAUUGGAAAAACACUGGGACCUCAUCAGUCUCAAAUGCAGGUAAAUUAAUUAGUUGGAAGUUGGAACACAGUGUUUGGCUACAUGUCGUCGUCUGCGAAAUUCGUUUCAGGUGCUCCAGUUUUCAUAGGUGAUGCUAAUUGUCCUUGGUGCUCAUCAGCUGCAAAAUCAGUCUCACAGCCCAUUAAAAUCCCUUGGAUCGCAUCUGCCACAAAUGGAGAGCUCCGGCCUGCUACGGCGAAAGAAGAGAAGAUCGUCAGGGUUCCGUUGGAAGAAAGAAUCCAGGAGAAGAUUUGAUAACUGUUGAGGAACAUAAUCCUGAUAGAAGGCGGCAAUGGACUAAAUUCAUAAGGCUUAGUAUAAGUGGUCCUUUUUUUUUUGCUUUACAUAGGACGCGUGACUGGAGAAGUUAAAUCAUUUACUUCCAUGAACAUUUA